AUGGCUUUGGUGGCCAGCUGCAUGGUAGACGCUGCAAUUCGCUGCAAAGAGAAGGAUGCGUACAUUUUGGAGCAGAUCUUGCGCCAUCUGUCUUUACAUGAACACGAAGCCGAUCAGAAAGCGAAGUUGAGAUCAGUGAUCCGCCUAGCCAGAUUUGGUGCUGAGCACGAUCAUCUCGCCAGCUUGAAGAUCAUCACCACUGUCAAAAAGCUUGUUUCUAGUCUACACAAGAACGAUCAGGUUAGUCUUUCGUGUGAAAGGAGCCAUCUAGUUUGGCAGGAGCAAUCAAAGGCAGGGACUGAGCAGAGUGUGUGGCCGGAACAGUAUGCCUAG